AUGGGAGUUACCUGGUCGCAGAUUUUCCCGCCCCCUCCUACUCUGACCGAAGCCAAUGUCUCCAGUCAGAAUGGAAAAGUGUUCAUCGUCACUGGAGGUUAUUCAGGAGUUGGCUUCGAGAUAUGCAGAAUUCUUUAUCAAGUAGGAGGAACAGUCUAUCUUGCCGGUCGGUCUGAAGAAAAGGCCUUGGAUGCGAUUGCGAAGAUCAAAAGCUUGUGUACCCCGACAUCCUCAGAGGGAAACAUCAUUUUUCUCGCUCUAUCACUAGAUGACCUAACAACCAUCAAGGCCGCAGUCAAGAGAUUCACUACUGCUGAAUGCCGUCUGGAUGUUUUAUUUAACAACGCUGGUGUCUCUAACCCUCCUCGAGCGACUUCGCCCCAGGGCCACGAUCUGCAAUUGGCGACUAAUUGUCUCGGGCCGCAUCUUUUUACUCAACUUCUUUUGCCGGUGUUACGACGCACAGCUGGCGCUACACCUGUUGCAAGUGUACGGGUUAUAUGGACAGCAUCGAUUGUCGUUGAUGCAUUCGCGCUUGAGACCGGGAUAGAGCUUGCAGAACUAUUUCAAAAAGACGCGGACAAGUCACGCAAUUACCUCAACACCAAGGUGGGAAACUGGUUUUUGGCGGAUGCCCUCGCAAGCCAGGUUCGUGGAGAUGGGAUAUUAAGCUUGGUACAGAACCCAGGUAAUAUCAAGACAAACAUCAUGCGCCAUAGUCGGGCUUUUGUCCCUUUUCUUCUUGGGCCGUUCCUUUAUGCCCCUAGGUUCGGGGCAUAUACUGCAAUCUGGUCGGCUUUUGCUGGUGAUCUAAAAAUUGAUGAUGGGGGGAAGUACAUCUUGCCUUGGGGGCGUGUACAUCCGCGUCCAAGAGAUGAUUUGUUGCGGGCGAUGAAAGGAAAAGAAGAAGGAGGCACUGGGAUUGCAGCGGCAUUUAUACAAUAUUGUGACAGCCAGAUUGCAGGCUUUCUAUAG